GAUGGUGGUGGACGGUGGGAUGCGGGGCUUUGCGAUCAUCAUCUGCUCUCGCUUCCUCGAGAUGACGUCGAAUUGCGAGGCUGCGAGUUUUCCUGGACAUCUUCUCGUCCCCCCGACUCUCUCUGUCUCUGCCCCUGAUUCACAUCAACAACCCCCUUUUCUUCGCCUGUUGAUAAUUUUCGUUUCUUGAUUUAUAGUUCUCCAUUAUUAUUAUUGUUCCAGAUUAUUCUGCAGACACCGACAAAUAAUCUCCUACACAGCAGAAGCAAUGAGUUCCAGCAAGGAUCCACAGAGUCAAGUGCCCGCCAACAGCAAGGGCUCUUGGUCGAGUUUCCUCAAAUCCAUUGCGUCCUUUAAUGGAGACCUCUCCUCGUUGACUGCUCCACCUUUCAUACUUUCCUCCACUUCCUUGACGGAAUACUCUGCCUAUUGGGCCGAACACCCAUCCAUCUUCGUGGCCCCGGCCAGGGAGUCUGACCCUGAGAAGAGAGCGUUGGCUGUGCUCAAGUGGUUCCUGAGCACGCUUCACCAGCAAUACUGCAGCCGUAGCGAGAAGCUGGGCAGCGAGAAGAAGCCUCUCAACCCGUUCUUGGGAGAGCUCUUCAUCGGCAAAUGGAAUGCGGACGCUGACGUGGGGGAGACAAAAUUGAUCAGUGAGCAAGUCAGCCACCACCCUCCUGUCACUGCCUAUGCGAUCCGGAAUGAGAAGCAUGGAAUUGAAUUGCAAGGAUACAAUGCCCAGAAAGCGUCCUUUUCCAGCACCAUUCAGAUCAAGCAGCUGGGACACGCCCUGUUGACAGUCACCCCACCCGGUGCGGAUCAAAAUGACCCGAGUCAGCAAGAGAAAUACCUCAUCACACUUCCCAACCUGCACAUUGAAUCACUGAUCUACGGCACUCCUUUUGUCGAGUUGGAGAAAUCCACCAAGAUUGCUAGCAGCACUGGUUACGUGGCCAAGAUUGAUUUCUCCGGCAAGGGUUGGUUGAGUGGUAAGAAGAACACCUUCAACGCAGUCCUCUUCAAGGAGAGCGAGGGGGAGAAAAAGCCCCUGUACACUGUCGACGGACAAUGGUCGGAGAUGUUUACCAUCAAAAACCCCCGAACCAAGGAAGAGGUAGAAAAGUACGUGGUCAAGAACAUGAAGACCACUCCCCUGGAUCUGGCCCCGCUUGAGGAGCAGGACCUCUACGAGUCUCGACGAGCAUGGAAGGAUGUGGCCGCAGGUAUUGAGCGGGGAGACAUGGAUGCCGUAUCCGCCGCCAAGUCCAAGAUUGAAAACGCCCAACGAGAGCUGCGCAAGGUUGAGAAGUCCGAAGGCCGCGAAUGGGAGAGGCGGUUCUUCGCGCGUGUUGACGAAGACAAUGACGAGCGGUUCCUGCAAGUUGCAAAGAUGCUCAACCUGACCGGAUCUAUUGCCCUGGAGAGUGAGAAGACCAACGGCAUUUGGCGAUUCGACGAGCAGAAGGCGGUCGAUUCCAAACCUCCGUAUCACAAGGUGGGCGGUGAAGGUCUUGGAAUCACUGAAUAAACGAAUCAGGAGAGCGAUUUGGAAUCGCCCAAGUAUAUGUUACGAACUGGGCGGUUGCAGCAAUGAUAUCUGCGAACAUAGAAUUGCUUUGCUCUUUUUGGAUUUGGAUUCACUCACCCGGUCCUUUUGUUUCAUUGUCGGUUUUAUUUACAUAUGUUCCUGUAUAUAGAUACGGUAGUGAUCUGAUUCGAUACUCGUGAGCGUGAACCCCUCGAGCCGAUAUCACUAUGGAGUACAUUUUUCUGGAGUUGAAUGCAAGGUAAAUUUGAAUAUUCCUGACUUG